UGCCCAGUCCUAAUGCUUCUAAACCCCUUUAUAACGGCUGACUCGACCGUGACGAAGAUGAUGGACGCCGCCUGGUUGUUCUUCCGGCUCUGCUAUACGUGCGAUGUGAUCCCCGCCUUGACGUAUCGCCUGUGCAGAUCCGUCCGCAGCGCUACCAGCGGCGUCACAACCACCGUCACCCCGUCCGGCGAGCAGAACGCCGGCAACAUGAACGAGACGCUCUUGCCGCCGCCCGUCCCCAUUACCUACACGAUCGGCGUGUACCCGCUGGCGAUGGCGAGCACCGCUUCUCUCUGGUUUCCGCGGAACCCCGCCGAGUCGUCCCC